AUAUCCACGGACUGUAAACAAACCAACAAACCGGGCAUGUGUGUUUCGGCGGUUGUUUCUGAUUCAUAAUAACGUGUGUAAUCAGGGCUCGGCUCUUCCCUCAGCCCUGUUUGGAGGUCAGCAUGGUUUGGUGUGUUGUUUCCGGUUGUGAGAACCGUUCUGGGAAAGGUAGGGGAAACCCGGGGAUCCUCAACAGACCGCAGAAGAAGUUCUUCAGCUUCCCCAGUGACCCGAAGCGAGUCAAGGUAUGGCUUGCGGCACUGAGAGAGAUGGACAAGCUGGACUCCCCAGACCAGCAUUUUAUCUGCGAAGACCACUUCCUGCCGCAGGACGUCUCCGCUGCUGGGGUCAACAGUGACGCCAUUCCCAUCAUGCCCCCCUGCCUGGACGGACCGAUGGACAUGAUCAGCUCCUGGGCUGCAGAGUCGUCUGAGGAAGAGGAGGAGGAGGAUGAGUGGCAGACUGAAGGCUAUGAUAAUGUUUAUGAAGGCGGGAUUUCUUUUCCUUUGCCAAGACUUCCUGCAGUGGAUCCACCACCUGCCAUCAAUCCCCCCACUCAGGAUCCAGAUACAAAGAAGACCUCAGAGACCAAGAACCCGAGCUCUGUGAAAAGCCCGAGUCAGAAGGAGAGAGUCAGACCUGGCAAACCUCUGGCUACGCAAAUCCUCGAGCUGCUGCGGGCGGCGCCGGACGGGAUCCUGGACCUCAAUCGAACCAUGCUGACCCUGGAGACCUCCAGUUUUCGAGUGUGGGAAAUCACCUGCGUCCUGCAAGGCAUCAACCUCGUCGAGAAGAUGCCGAGGAACAGGAUCAGGUGGAUAGGGGGAGAUCUGAGCUCCAGCUCUUUGAACCAGCAGCACUUUCAGGCAGAGGUGGAGAACCUGAAGGCGACGGAGGAGAAUCUGGACCGCCUCAUCAGAAGCUGCUCCGAGCAGCUCUUUGACCUGACGGACGACAAAGAUAACGCUGCAUAUCCUUUAACAUCAGGCUGA